ACACUACAAAUCUAUUACAUUUAUUGAGCCAAAAAUGUUGUAUGGAUGAUUCUAAAGGAUCUGGUGUUUUCGAGCUAGAAACAACAGAUGAUGGACAGUUCUACCAGGCUGUCAGGCAUGCCAUUAUGGCAAUGCUGGUCACAGUGGUGUUGUACAUGAUAUCCUAUGCCAUUAUCUGCAGAUUCAAAAGACCUCACAUAUCUAAUGCUUCAAAUGAAGAUUUGACUGAAGCUUCUGUGUACAGAAUAACGAUAUACCUGUGCUCCUUCACUCUUAGCGUUAGUUUGGCAGCCAGUCUUCUUCUCCCAACCUCUAUUCUAUCAAGGGAGGUGGUUAGACACUGCCCUAAUAGUUACUUCUUCAAGUGGAUCAACGGCAAGCUUAUCAAAGAUCUGUGGAAUGGGGUUUUCCUCUGUUCAAACCUGUCCCUGUUCGUGCUACUACCCUUCUCCUUCUUCUUUCUUGAAUCAGAAGGAUUCACUGGAUCACGGGGAAUCGUGGCUCGGAUCAAGGAGACGUUUACAGUGCUGGUUUUACUGAGUCUGGUAACAGCAGGUUGCUCCUUGCUCAUAACCCGACUUAUCGGCACGGAUACGGCUCCUCUCACCCUGACUCUCGUCCUCAGCACUGUCUUCUCGGAGAAGAUAGUAAAGUCCCCUUGGUUCAUGUACAGCUACAUGUACUCUAUGACGUCACUUUUGGGCGUGGCUGUGCUUCUCGUGUGUACACCAUUAGGACUUGCCCGGAUAUUCAGUGUCAUUGGAGCCAUCGUCAUGAAACCCCAGUUAUCGACCAGUCUUGAUGAGCAAAUAAACAUGUUGGAUCUCGAGAAGGAGUGGAUUGAGCGAAACCUACGGGUGAACGGAUUGACGGAGGAGACGCUCAAAGUACGACGCAAUAGAGUCCUCCAGAUCGAAGAUUCGUUGGAAAACUUACAGAAGCGUAAAGCGAUGUCACCAUGGAGACGAAACUCUUUGUAUCCUUGUGUACUCCUACUCCUCCUCUUCAUCACUGGUCUCUCAAUUUCUAUGGUGGUUUUCAAUAUUCUAAAGCUUUUGCUUGGUUACGGACCUCUUCCAGGAAUUGACGAGUCAUUCGACAAGGAAUUCCUGGACGCAAAGUACGACUCUUACAUGGGCUCUCUAGGUGCCCUGAUUGAGAUCGGUCUUGUCGGCUACAUUCUCGUAGCUUCUCUGGUCGGAUUUUAUACGACUGAAAAGUUCAGGUGGUUGAUUCCUCGUCAGAAGAAAACACCAGUAACAACAAUAAUAGUUAACUGUGUUGUAGUUCUCGUUAUGAGCUGCUCUGUCCCUCUCCUCUCCGCUAUUCUUGGUUUGACGAGGUUUGAUCUGCUUGGCCACUACAGAACUGUGGAAUGGUUGAAGAAUGUCCACGUGAUCUUCAUAUACAAUGUGACUUUUGCGGUCCUUUCAGCUCUAUGCUUGGUCAAGAAAGUCACCACCGCUGUUUUGAAAGAGGUAUGCAAUCAGCUCCAGCCCUCGGCCCGAAUACGGCACAGGUUCUUCCUUCACAUUUCAGCCUUCUGCGGGAUGGUCGGAUUUCUCAGACAUCACAGAUGACCAACACUAACCAUGUCUCCAGGACAUCAAACUCGAAAUAAUACAGAUACUUGUGCUUGCUGAAAUGACUGCUAUUUCUUGACAGAGAACGAAAAAUCCAUAUGAUUAUCUGCUUGUCGUUUUUACCAUUGAAUUUGAAUGAAUUGAAUUUGAAUUGAAUACCGACAUUUAUUGUUUCUACUGUGCAAGUUUUCUGAAAAAUACGCAGAAAGAUGUACUGAUGGGUUUAAAUGACAAUUUGAAGAAGCAUAUUAUAUUGUUAUUGCCGAUUUUAUUGCAAUUUAUAGAGAUUUUUAGGCUAUUACGAAGCGUUUUAAUAAACUUUCUUGCAAGUUUCUUUUCUUUAGAUCUUUAAUGGACCAGUGCUACCAUAGAACCUGAGGAGGACUUCCAUUCGAUCUUUUCAGUUACGGUUUUACAAAGUUGGGAUUGCACUGGUAUUUUAAAGAUAAGCAACGUACAAACGAUAUUUUAAAAGAAAUUUUAAGUGAGAAUCUCGA